AUGUCUGAUAGCUCUCAAACUGCGGGCAAGCGGAAGCGUGCGAGAACCCAAUCUUGCCCCCCACCCGAGCUGCCUCAGCUUGUUGCGGAACAGCACACUCCCAUUCCCUCCCAUGACAAAGAUACCCAGCGUUUGAUUGUCAUUCUCUCCAAUGCUAGUCUCGAAACCUACCGUGCCUCAAGUGGCCGUGCUGGAGCCAAGGAUGAGAAGUACUCGCUUCUCAACAGUGAUGAGCACAUUGGUAUCAUGCGCAAGAUGAACCGGGAUAUUAGUGAAGCCCGACCGGAUAUCACCCACCAGUGUCUGCUUACCCUCUUGGACUCUCCCGUUAACAAGGCUGGCCGCUUGCAAAUUUUCAUCCACACUGCUAAGGGUGUUUUGAUCGAAGUCAACCCCUCCGUCCGCAUUCCCCGAACCUUCAAGCGUUUUGCGGGUCUGAUGGUCCAGCUGCUCCACCGUUUGUCUAUUCGCUCCACCAACUCGCAGGAGAAGCUGUUGAAGGUGAUCAAGAACCCCAUCACGGACCACCUGCCUCCCAACUGCCGCAAGGUGACUCUCAGUUUCGAGGCCCCCGUCGUGCGGACCCGGGACUACAUCGAGUCGAUUGGCCCCAAGGAGAGCGUGGCCAUCUUUGUCGGUGCCAUGGCCAAGGGUCACGAUGACUUUGCCGAUUCGUUCAAGGAUGACACCAUCAGUAUCAGCAACUACAGUCUUUCGGCCAGUGUGGCCUGUAGCAAGUUCUGCCACGCGGCCGAGGAGGUGUGGGACAUCCUCUGA